AGCCUCUGAGAUUUCGUCUAUAGAUUCUCAUCAUCUCCACAUUGUCCCUCUAAAUCUCCUCCCUUUGAUUCUUUUUGCUCCGAAAACAGAGAGGACAAAACACUCAUUCCCACAACUUGAGAGAAAGAAAAAAAAACAGAGGAGACAUAUUAAAGAUCUCAUGGCGAUGGCGGUCUCCGGAGCAGUGCUCAGUGGGCUUGGUUCUUCGUUCCUCGCCGGAGGCAAGAGGAGUGCCGCCGCAUUGGGAAGCGGCGUAGGCGCUGGAGCUGCGAGAGCUGGCCGGAAAACACUGAUCGUCGCUGCUGCAGCUGCUCAGCCAAAGAAAUCGUGGAUUCCCGCCGUUAAAGGUGGCGGCAACUUACUCGACCCUGAAUGGCUCGAUGGCUCGCUGCCUGGAGAUUUCGGGUUCGACCCGUUGGGUUUGGGAAAAGACCCGGCUUUUCUGAAAUGGUACAGAGAGGCAGAGCUAAUCCACGGCCGAUGGGCGAUGGCAGCAGUUCUUGGGAUCUUCGUCGGCCAGGCCUGGAGCGGCGUGCCGUGGUUCGAAGCCGGGGCUGAUCCACGAGCGAUCGCUCCCUUCUCGUUCGGGUCGCUUCUCGGGACCCAGUUGCUUCUCAUGGGUUGGGUAGAGAGCAAGCGGUGGGUCGAUUUCUUCAACCCGGAUUCUCAAUCUGUUGAGUGGGCCACGCCGUGGUCGAGGACAGCCGAGAAUUUCGCCAACUAUACUGGCGAUCAAGGAUAUCCCGGUGGAAGAUUCUUCGAUCCGUUGGGUCUCGCCGGGAAGACACGCGAUGGUGUUUACGAGCCGGACAGAGAGAAGCUGGAGCGGCUGAAACUGGCGGAGAUUAAGCACUCGAGGCUCGCAAUGGUUGCCAUGUUGAUCUUUUACUUCGAGGCCGGGCAGGGGAAAACGCCUCUCGGCGCACUUGGUUUGUGAGAAACGAUGUUUUUUUGAGUCUGUAGAUAUAUUUCUCCUCCCCCAAAAACUCUUCAAAAUGUGACAUUUUCGGAAAUGAUCAUCAUAUCAUUGCUUUAAUAUGGCACCAAAGUCGUGACUUUUAGCUUGCGAAAUAUGUAAAAUGGAAAUCAUGAAAAGGCUUAUUCGUAAAUGACUUUA